CAAAUGAGGCAUAUAUGCACAUUAUCCCCUUCUAUAAAGAAAAAACAAAAAUCUCAAAAAACAAGGACACAAAUAUGAAACUCAAUCCACUCUCCUUAGCCUCUCUAAUCCUACUUCUUGUGAGUCCUUCAAUUGAAUGGGUUGGUUCAACUUCAACCCCAACUCCAUUGCCAUGGCCAGAGCAAUUCCAUGCACUUCUUUACAUGAAUUUGAGCUCAUCCCGUCUCCAAAUGAGUGACCUAUGGUAUGACUGGCCAAGAGGCAGAAACGUGAACAUAUUUCAGAAGCAACUAGGUGAGCUUUUAUAUGAUAUUGAGUGGAACAAUGGCACUUCGUUUUAUUAUACACUUGGGGCACAAGGGACAUGUAGGGUUACAGAGUUUGAGGUGGGUAUUCCUAGGCCUGAUUUUCUUGAUGAUGCCAAUUACCUUGGAACUACGGUCACGGAUGGGUUUUAUUGCAACGUGUGGGAAAAGGUAGAUUUCAUUUGGUACUAUGAAGAUGUCCAAACUAGGAGGCCAGUUCGGUGGGAUUUCUAUGAUGGAAUAUCUACACACGUUAUUACAUUUGAGGUUGGCGCAGUACUGCAAGACUCAUUGUCACAAGCACCUGCUUAUUGUUUCAGUCAGGAAAGUGAGAAAUUGUAGAAAUCAGCAGAAUCUAGAUAUGAAAGAAAGGCAUUUGUAUUUGCCUUUACUCUGUAUUAGCUUUAAUGCUUCGAAGUACCUUUUGUAAAGAAGUAACAUGAUGCAGAAGAGACUGAUAGAUAUCUAUAAUUCUGUAUUACAGCAAAGAAAGUCGAGCAUUCUAACC